CCUAACCUCCACUUUCUAUCACCACCACACCAAUGCAAUAGCACAAACUUAUAUUAUCGUGCUUGUUAUUAUUCCCAGCAGAGAAGAAGACAAGAACAAAAGAAAGUAACUAACUAAUCGCGUCCAAGAACAGGACCGUUAAGCAGCAAAAAAAUAAUAUCAAGAACCCUGCUCUAUAAUUUUAGAUUUCAUCAAUUCAUCAACAAAGAAUUUCCCAAAACUGUGGAUUAGGACGAACGAGGCUUGAUGAUUUAGGACAGACGGAAGAGACCAACGGUAGCGCAGGAUCUCGAGGACUGUAAUCAGAAAAUAUAAUUAUUGGCUGCGUCUUAAUCAGCACAUUUUCGUUCGUAAGCGGCAGUUUUGCGGACAAUGGCCUGUCUGAAUACUUUGAAGCAAGAGAUCAAAGCAGUCGAGCGGAUUUUCCCUAAAGAACAUGAUCGCUUUCAAGUUUUAACUGCUAGUGUUGACGAACUGACGUGUCGCUUUGUUGGGCAAAACGGAAAAAAGCAUGAUAUCACUGGAAACAUUACUGAAACUUACCCACACACACCACCAGUAUGGUUUGCUGAUUCAGAGGAUAUUACGGUUACUGGGUCUGUGGAACGGUUGAGCCGGACGUCAGGUCAGGAUAACCACGUCAUAUCCCAAGUUGGUAUAUUGGUCCGAGAACUUUGUAAAGCACAAAGUCUUCCAGAACCCACCUCUGAUCUCGAAAAGUUGUCAACCGCAAUGUCAGGAAGUUCUGCAGAUUCGUCCACCGGUUCUUCAAAAUCCGCGUCGACUGACAAUGGGUCAUCUGAUAUGGAUAUUGAAUAUGAAUUUGAUGACGAUGACGAUGAUGAUGAUGAUACCGAAGAUGAUAUGCAUUUGGAACUGGAAGAUGAGUCAGCCAAUAAAAAUAAGGAAAAGGAAGGUCUCGAAACGGAGCAUAUUGAAACAUUGGAAAGAUUGAAAGCUAAUCAGCGUCAGGACUACCUGCAAGGAACGGUUACUGGGUCAGUGCAAGCAUCUGACCGCUUGAUGAAAGAAUUGAGAGAUAUAUACAGAUCGGAUAGUUUUAAGAUGGGAAUAUACACACUUGAAUUGGUAAACGAUAGCUUAUACGAAUGGAACAUCAAGCUAAAAGGUGUCGACAAAGAUUCGCCGCUGUAUGGAGAUUUAGUGACGCUGAAGGAAAGGGAGGGCAAAGAUUUUAUCUUGCUAAAUAUAACAUUCCAGGAAAACUACCCAUUUAUCCCUCCUUUUGUUCGAGUGGUCCAUCCUGUGAUUUCUGGGGGAUAUGUACUUGUUGGAGGAGCGAUAUGCAUGGAGCUGUUAACCAAGCAAGGAUGGAGUUCCGCAUAUACUGUUGAAGCCAUUAUAAUGCAAAUUGCGGCUACAUUUGUGAAAGGAAAAGCACGCAUUCAUUUUGGAACAAGUAAAGUUUCUUCUACUUCGACUGGCCAGUAUAGCUUAGCUCGAGCCCAACAGUCGUACAAGUCUUUGGUCCAAAUUCAUGAGAAGCAAGGAUGGUACACACCACCAAAAGCGGAUGGAUAAUAAUGCUUUCGCUUGCUCACUCAAACCUACUAUACCCUCCUCAACUCCUCGUACUCCUCACUCCUCAGAAGUUCGCAAGUUUUAUUUUACUCUUCAUCGGCAAGAAACGACCCAUCGAGAUUUCAAGUACUGCUAGUUUUUUUCGUGAAUACCAAUAGUUGAUAGAAUAACUAUAUUAUUUCGAUUUCCAUCUAAUCCGCAGCGCAGCCAGUGUGAAUUAAGUGUUUGCUGAAAAGUGAUUGUUUUGUGCAAGCGACACCAAUACAAUAUAUAUAUUAUGUAGGAUCCAUCAUCUAUAAAGUACAACAUGGUUAUUCGACUACGCAAUCGCAACCGUAAAAAUUCCAUAAAUUCCCAUUACAUCGGCUGCUAUAUGAUAUCUUCGUGUACUGUAUAUUAUGAAGACUGAUAACCCGAUUAAUUUAACUUGCAAUCACUUGCAUAUACUGAACAUUUCAUGUUAUGUGAAUGGAUACGAAAUCAUGCAAGAAGCCAGUGUAUUAAAAAGUGAUGCAUUUGUUGUCGAACGAAAACCAUUCUCCAAUGCCACUUUAAACAAUUGAGUUCAUUAUAUAUUUAAUCGCAUUAAGGUUCUAAUAAUUAUGUUCGUUUUCCACAAUGUAACAGUUAAUGUAAUUCUUGAUCGUAAUUAAUCAGACAACCCAAUCAUUAAUAUUUCACAUUAUUUUUAAGUCGAGCUGCUGUAAGUUAUUUAAUUACCAUUGAAAUUCUUGUUUGAAUCCAACAUCAUUCGGAAUAAACAAUUACCUGUACAAAUUGAUCAAGAGCAAAUUUCAAAUCAGCUUUUAAUGUUGUUUUUCCAGUCAAUGUUAACGAUGAUGAUGGUUUAGUUAAGUUUACAUACAAAUUCGUAUAGAGAGUUAACCAUAAGUAGUUGUAAUUCGUGUAUGAAUAAGGGACGUGAAUCUUAUUUAUGCAACACAAUUUAUGUAUUGCGUGCGAUGCCUACUCUUUCAUUAUAUUUUAAAGUCUGCACUACUGACGACUUGCUACGCACUCCUGUGUUUGGUUUUGAUGCGACUUUGUUUGUGCUAACUAAAAAUUCAAGUUAUUUUCAGUCACAGAAAUUCUGCCAAUUUAAAUUGUACUUUGAACUGCUAACAAUCUAUGUUAAUUACGAAAACACGACUAUUUCAUGAUGGCGUAAAAUUUGUGUUUACAAUUAAUUUUUGCAAACCAUUUUUUCGAUAGUGUUGAUUCAUGCAAGUAAUAUGUACAACUUUUGCAUCUCCUUCUAACGUGUGUUAGACUUUUUUUAAUAUUCACCUACUAUAUAAAUAAUGACCUGACGAAUUUUAGAUUGACACCCACGCACGCGAGGGCCACAAACAUGAGUAAAUUUGUAAUUACCUGGUUCCUUUACUUAUAUAUGAUGUAUUUUUCACAUGAGAAACAUCAUAUUCGAAUGAGUAUGACUUUUACGACGACCAUGGAAGAGUCUCAAUUUUUACUGAUUCUUAGUGUAUGUAUGCUCAGAUGAUUAUUGUAUGAGUGUGAAUUGUGUAAGUUAUUAUGAUUUUAAACUGAUUUGUGUUAAUUUUAUUACGAUACAAAAAGAAAAGUAAUUUCGUUCCAUGAUGUUUGCUGUAACUUACACCCAAUGUUCAUCGAAAACUACUACAUUUCUUUCUCUAAUCAUCCCAUUAGUUGUAAAAACUAACUGUAUUAUUCGCGAAAUGCAACCUAUUUAAUUCAUUGGCAGGGAGAGAACUAAUGUUGUUUAUUUACAUUAGAAAUGCUGUGAUGGAUUCGUGGAAAUAAAGAAGUUUAAUUUCAAUAAAA